AUGGAUGCGAUCGGUCCAGGAGGUUGGCCUCCAAUCUUCUUUGCUGCUUUCUACUGCGACUUUGAUGUCAUGAGAGCGCUCAUACACGCACAGUGUGACGUGAACAUCCGCGACGAGUCUGGCCGAUCGCUGGCCAGCUGGGCCAGGUAUGGAGACCAGGACCGGGAGCACCAAAAGGCAGUUCUCAAGAUGCUGUACCGCCAUGGCUUCCCUCCUCCGGUGGAGGCCAAAGUGAAGCUGGGUCAGCUGAAGCCUGACUUUUGGGCACCAAUUCCAGUGGACCAGAAGCUUUCGGAGCUGUUGGCCGACGGGGCAGAUCUUAUUUGGAAGGAUUGUCGAGGGCGCACCUUCGGAAAGAGAAAGCUGCUGACUUACCGACACCACGAGUCCGACGAUGAGGGAACCUCCUCGAAGCCGGUACAGGGCGUAUCCUUGAACCCUUUUCAAGGCAAGAUUUAG